AUGUCCAUCACAAAAUGUAGUACAGUCUUGAAGAAAGGAGUUUUAUGCUCGACUUCAGAUCAGAUGAUUUCUUUAGAUAAAGAACAUGUAAGUUCAAAAAACAAAUAUAAACAACUUGAGUGCGGUAAAAAUACGAGCCCACUGUUGCUUGCAGAUAUUGGAUCCAAUAACAGUCAGCUUAAUUUAAUGGAUGUUUUGAGGGCCAGAAAAACCAAAAACCUUCACCAAACAAGAAUAAGAGCGAUCCAACUGAAGAAUUCUACUCAGGUCGCGAAGCAUAGGCCUAAUAAAUCUACUAGAGGCAAGCGAGGCCUAAAAAUAUCCAAAACAAAGCAAGAAUCCCUAGGAAGAUCAAAUGAAAGUGCCAAACUUAUCGGAGUUUUCGGAGGUGCAAAUGUUGGAAAAGCCAGUUUCAUGCAACUUUUGAAACAGAAUCAACAGAUCAUUGCAUCCGAUGAACAAGCAAAUAGAGUCAUUUUGGAGCAUAGCGAUUCGAAAGUCAAUCUGUUCUUUGAGACUUCCGAAAUGUAUCUAGAAAAGACCACGCCCAUUCAAGAGGCAGACGCCUGUGUUGUUAUGUUCGCUGUCUCUGAUAAAGCAUCGUUUCAGUUUGCUAAACACUGCAUUCAGAACAUAAGAAAAAGUCAUCGAGAAGACUUGCCCAUAUUUCUUGUGGCAAACAAAUCUGACUUGAUUCGCCAUCGUAAAGUUUCUCCAAAUGAUGCUAUCAGAGUUGCCAACUUUCAUACUUGCCAGUAUUUUGAAACAUCAUUGAUUUUUAACUAUAAUGUGCCAGAAUUACUGCAAGAUAUUCUGAAUCAAGUUCAAAAGAACAAAACAAAAAAAUGUAUGAGAUGCCUCCACAGAGUGGCUGAAGCUUUUCAAAAUAGGCUGAAGAAAUUCUUUAUGUAA